CAUGACUGCUGUCUUUCUGAUGUCCAUGCUUUUUGGCCUUGCAUGUGGGCAAGCGAUGUCUUUUUGUAUUCCAACUGAGUAUACAAUGCACAUCGAAAGGAGAGAGUGUGCUUAUUGCCUAACCAUCAACACCACCAUCUGUGCUGGAUAUUGUAUGACACGGGAUAUCAAUGGCAAACUGUUUCUUCCCAAAUAUGCUCUGUCCCAGGAUGUUUGCACAUAUAGAGACUUCAUCUACAGGACUGUAGAAAUACCAGGAUGCCCACUCCAUGUUGCUCCCUAUUUUUCCUAUCCUGUUGCUUUAAGCUGUAAGUGUGGCAAGUGCAAUACUGACUAUAGUGACUGCAUACAUGAGGCCAUCAAGACAAACUACUGUACCAAACCUCAGAAGUCUUAUCUGGUAGGAUUUUCUGUCUAAUAGUGAUAUAAUUUGCAAUUUGGUUAAACGUGCUUGCCUGAAAUAAAGCUAAUAAAAAUACUGUGUUUCACAAUAUCUUCUG